AUGAGUGAUAGCCGCUAAAAAGUUGAAACAGUUACUAAAUUUCCUGAAGGUGAUUUGUAUAAUAAUUAUGACCCAAAUGAUAAUCCUGAGAAAUUUGAAUAUCUGAAAGCAAAAUAUGUAUUCCGUUUUCCCUUCACUAUCACCUCAAUUAAAUGGGGAUUAGCUUUAGGAUCUAUAUUCGGUAUUCACAACUAUAUUAAAACAAGAAAAGCAUAAAACGCAGCUUACUGGUUUGUUUGGGGUAGUGUUUUAACUGCUCUCCCAAUAUGGGGUUUCUUCAUGUUUAAGUACUCGUUCUAUACUAUGACUUUAAGAAAAUUUGAAGUUGAUUAAUAUCAAAAUAUAGAGGAUUCUCAUUUAAUAAAGGAAUAUAUGAUGUAUAAAACUGGAACUUAUGAUCCUACUAUUAAAGACGAAUAGUUGGUUAAAAAGUUAGAAAAAAUUUCAUAAUAAGCCUACAAAAAGCACAGUUAGCUUGAUGAUUUAUUGUAAAACAUGAAUGAUGAAGAAUUUGAACUAGUUCCUGUUUAAAAAGCUGAUUCAGUUUAAACAGAUAAUAAUAUAAAUAAUAAUUUGGAAAGCACUAAUACCAGCAAAUUAUAAAAAUAAUGA